UUGAUAAGCGGACGGAGCGGCGAAGAUUUCGCAAGAUUUGUGCUCUUCGACAACAUCCCGCUUAUUUUAUCACGUCGUUCACCGUUCAAACUAUUGCGAGUCGGGUUAGGCAGGACAAGAUAUUUUAUGAAUGCUUAUGCGCAUCGAAUAUUUUUCUUAUUUUUGAUCUGAAGACACAGCCACGGUGCUUGGUGGCAUCCAUUUGACCACGAAAUGAAGAGCUUGCGAAGAGACUUCUCUUCAAACCCACAUGCCCAGAAUGUGUCCAGCAAAGUAUUCAUACGGUCGACUAAGAGCGGCAAGGUCCAGAAAAUCGUUCGGGAGUUAUAUUUGAGGCAGGAUAUCCCUUGUUCUUCCAAGCUUUGUACAAUAUGCCCAACCUAUGCGCCUGCCGACGCGAAUGGUAAUAUUGCGCCAUUUGUUCUCUCCGAUCAACCCGCCGGUAGCAAAUCCUUUCCAAAGGGCCAUUAUAUCGUGCCCGAUACCAAUGCGUUGUUAAACGGAAUGGACCUUUUCGAGCACACUGGGGCUUUCUAUGAUGUGAUCAUUCUACAGACUGUCCUUGAAGAGCUUAGGAAUCUCUCGCUACCUCUCUACAAUCGUUUACUUUCGCUUAUAAAAUCCGACGAGAAGCGUUUCUACCUUUUUUUCAAUGAAUUUCGCCUUGAAACCCACGUUCGCCGAGAACCUAACGAGUCUAUCAACGAUCGGAAUGAUAGAGCUGUUCGCGCAGUCGCCAAAUGGUACAGAGAACAUCUGCAGCAAUCUGCCAGGAAGGGAAGGACUAUUCCAACCAUGGUCGUGCUCACCGAUGACAAGGAAAAUCUGCGCAAGGCUAAACAGGAAAAUGUGGUCGCUUCAUCGUUGUCUGACUAUGUAUCUGGCCUCGAGGACUCAGAUGUGCUCCUAGAUAUGAUCAAUGAAUCACGCGAAGAAAAAGGUCAAAAAACGGAGCUUUUCUACCCGGAACAUUACUCCAUGUCGAAGAUGAUGACGGGACUACGUGCCGGAAAUAUGCACCAAGGCGUGUUCAACAUCUCACCAUACAAUUACUUGGAGGGAUCGGUGAAUGUGGGGGCUUUCGAUAAACCGCUCUUGAUUCUUGGCCGCGAUAAUAGCAACCGAGCCAUUUCCGGAGAUGUGGUUGUUGUGGAGGUGCUACCCAAAGACCAGUGGAAGUCACCGUCCUCCAAAAUUAUCGAUGAGGAGGCGGUUACAAAGAAUGACAAUCCAGAAAACGAAGACAAUGAGACUGUAGUGCCAGACAGAGAAAAGAAAGCCCUGCAAGAAGAAGUCAGAAAGGCGCAUGGGAAGCAUGCAGAGGGAAAGCCGCAACCUACAGCUCGAGUGGUUGGAAUUCUUAAGCGGAAUUGGCGUCAAUAUGUCGGCCAUAUUGAUGCAUCUUCAACAUCAUCACUGGGCAACUCUGGAAGACGCCAGCAGACUGUUUUCGUGCUUCCUAUGGAUAAGCGAGUCCCUAAGAUUCGAAUUAGAACCCGACAAGCAUCUGAUAUACUCGGACAACGAAUCUUAGUGACAGUUGAUAGUUGGGAUCGCGACUCACGAUACCCGACAGGCCAUUUCGUGCGGUCAUUGGGAGAACUGGAAACCAAGGGUGCGGAAACGGAGGCACUGCUCCUCGAAUAUGAUGUGCAAUAUCGCCCAUUCCCGAAGGUUGUUCUCGACUGCCUGCCUCUUGAGGGUCAUGACUGGAAAGUUCCUGCUAGCAAGGAAGAUCAGGGCUGGCAAAAUCGCCGGGAUCUACGAGACCUCCUCAUUUGUAGUAUCGAUCCUCCCGGCUGUCAGGAUAUUGAUGAUGCCUUACACGCUCGACCUUUGCCCAAUGGAAACUUCGAAGUCGGCGUUCAUAUUGCCGACGUGUCUCACUUUGUGAAACCGAAUAAUGCAAUGGAUCUAGAGGCCAGCUUGCGUGGUACCACUGUCUACCUGGUAGAUAAGAGAAUUGAUAUGCUUCCGAUGCUCCUUGGAACUGAUCUGUGCUCUUUGAAGCCCUACGUGGAGCGUUUUGCCUUUUCCACCAUCUGGGAGGUAACGCCGAAUGCAGAAAUUGUUUCUGCUAACUUUACAAAAUCGGUGAUUCGAUCCCGUGAGGCUUUCAGCUACGAACAAGCCCAGAUCCGCAUUGAUGACAAGUCUAAGAACGAUGAGCUGACCCAAAGCAUGCGUACACUCCUACACCUUUCCAAGGUGUUGCGUCAAAAGCGUAUGGACGCAGGUGCUCUGAACCUUGCCUCACCUGAAAUCCGGAUCGAAACUGAAUCUGAACUGAAUGACCCCCUCACUGAUGUCAAGACCAAGGCACAUUUGGCAACAAACAGUUUAGUUGAGGAAUUCAUGUUACUCGCCAACAUCACGGUGGCCUCGAAAAUCUACAAUGCAUUCCCUCAGACCGCUCUGUUGCGGCGACACGCCUCGCCGCCUCCUCUCAAUUUCGAGGAGUUAGCUACACAACUGCAGAAGAAACGCAACCUGAAACUUGAUGUCUCCAGUUCGAAGGCGUUGGCAGACUCUCUGGAUAGCUGUGUUGACUCCAAGAAUCCAUUUUUCAACACUUUGAUCCGUAUUCUCGCCACACGUUGCAUGACUUCGGCUGAGUACUUCACCGCUGGUGCACAUUCGGAGGCAGAUUUCCGUCACUAUGGUCUUGCAUCGCCUAUUUACACACAUUUCACGUCUCCUAUUCGUCGUUACGCCGAUCUUGUGGUUCAUCGACAACUUGCUGCUGCUAUUGGAUAUACUUCAGCGGAAGGACUUAGCCGACGGCGCCAGCUGGAAGAUGUCUGCAAAAAUAUCAACUAUCGUCACCGUAAUGCACAGUUUGCCGGAAGAGCUAGUAUUGAGUACUACGUUGGCCAAGCACUGAAGGCCCGUGGCGAGAUGAUGGCCAAGAACAAAGGCGACGACAAGAACCUCGGAGUCGACGAAGAGGGAUAUAUUAUGCGCGUCUUUGAAAACGGAGUGGUUAUUUUCGUUCCUCGGUUUGGAAUUGAAGCUGUGGUCCGACUCGAAGACUUCAUGUUGCCGGGAGACAAGCAGAGACCAGAUGUACAUGACAACGAACAAAGGAGGGAAAUCGCCCAUCGGCGCGAGAGUGAAUACGACCCAGAAGAGUAUACCGUGCGCGUUUGGGAUAGGAACCAUCCCGAAGCUGAGCGGUCAUUCCAGGCUGAGCUGUUCGAAAAGGUCGAGGUGAAUGUCAGCUCGGUGAAGGAGGAAGGAGGACGCGGUGCAGGCAAACGCAAGGUCCGGAUUUUGAUACUUGGAAAGGCGUGAUUGAGGAAUCAAACCGAUUAUUCGCUAUAGAUACAUGUAUUUGAGGACUAUUGGCAUAAUGCACCUCAAUAAGUUCAAUGUUACAAGAUCGUCUAAUUACCGUAACUACCAUCUCUAUCCAUCUGCACUGGCUAUAAUCGUGCAAGAACUUCAAUGUUCGACCACAUGCAAAAUCCUUAGAAGAUUACAAAUCAUUUGAAAUGGUAUAUUCUGUCAUGAUUUAGGAGUUCAAAAACAUUUGCAAUAUCUAUCC